UGCAGCCAAUUUUCCUUGGGAAAUUUCCCUUUCAGACAAACAAGUCCACGAGCUCCUUAUUCACUCUCUCUCUUUCUAGAUAUAGAAAAAUUUAGCUUUCUUUUUCCUUUACAUCUAUAGAUCCGUCGGUUCCUUACCAUUCCUACGAUGCCAUCUCGCCGUAGAACCCUUUUGAAGGUCAUCAUCCUCGGCGAUAGCGGGGUAGGGAAGACGUCUUUGAUGAAUCAAUAUGUUAAUAAGAAGUUUAGCAAUCAGUAUAAGGCAACAAUUGGGGCUGAUUUUUUGACAAAGGAAGUGCAGUUUGAGGAUAGGCUUUUCACCUUACAGAUCUGGGAUACUGCUGGCCAGGAAAGAUUCCAGAGCUUAGGUGUUGCUUUCUACCGUGGUGCCGAUUGCUGUGUUCUUGUAUAUGAUGUCAACUCAAUGAAAUCAUUUGACAACCUUAACAACUGGAGAGAAGAGUUUCUUAUUCAGGCAAGCCCUUCAGAUCCAGAGAAUUUCCCUUUUGUUGUUUUGGGAAACAAAGUUGACGUGGAUGGUGGAAACAGUAGAGUGGUGUCCGAGAAAAAGGCUCGAGCAUGGUGUGCCUCAAAAGGAAACAUCCCAUAUUUUGAGACCUCUGCUAAGGAGGGAGUUAAUGUGGAAGAAGCUUUCCAGUGCAUAGCAAAGAACGCGCUGAAGAGCGGUGAAGAGGAAGAAAUAUAUUUGCCUGACACCAUUGACGUGGCCAGCAGCAGCCAACCACGGUCAACUGGAUGUGAAUGUUGAAGCAUAUCGUGUGAUCAUUUUUUUCCCUGUCGGUAAGCAUUAUGAAUGAUUUGGCCAACCCAACCAUUGUUAUGGAUUCAUGUGGGGGAUAUACUGUACAUUAGUGUAUGUGUGAGGAACAAAAUAGUCUGUUAAUUCUCUUUUGGUGCCCGUGUAUUUGUAACUUCUUAAUUUGUUUAGUAUUCUUGUUUUUUAGUCAGCAGUACCCAAUGUAUGGUUAUUUCAAAAUAUCAA